AGUCCACAAGUACAAAUCCAAGAGGCCAGCAAGACUAGAAAGGAGAAGCCGAGAACUUUUUAAGUCUUCCUACUGGAGAAGCACAACGAUACUAUCAAGCCUGUACUGAAGAAUAGCCUCGCAAGAGACCCUGAGUGAUUUUUGACAUAAUUAUCAGCGAGGAAAGGAGAUCAGAAAAGGCAACGAUGGCAAUGUCCACAUCUGAGAGCAUUUUUAAGGAUGACCCCUUCUUCAACGAGGCCAGGUUUCUGUUGCCAAUGCAGCGCAGCAGCCCACUGUCCAGCAGGCUGAUGCCGGACAUGACGAGCCUGAGGGAGGACUUCUUCAGCCGGCGCGCCCAGCUGGUGCAGAGUCUGCGGAGCGACAUGAGAAGCACCCUCCUGAACGAGCUGUGCGACGGCCUCCCCGCUGGACUCUUCCAGACCUUGGAUGCCCUGCGCUCCUCCUCUUCCUCCCCAUCCUCCUCUUCGUCCUCGCCCGCCUCUCUUGCUCCCUCCACCUCCUCUCCCUCACCCUCUCCAACCAGGGUGGUCUCCACCGCCGUCCAGCCAAUGGCCAAACAGGACUCGCCGCUGGUCAUCAACACCCGGGGCUUCUCGCCGGAGGACAUCCGAGUGACCGUUUCCGGGCGCCAGCUGGAGGUGAUGGCCACCAAGCGGGCGGAGGCCGCGGAUUCCUCAUCCACGUCGUCCCCGACCGGCCGCUGCUUGGCCUCGGCCGCUAGUGCCCGGCAACAGGGCUUCAUCCAGCGGGUGCAGCUGCCUGAGGGCGUCGAGCCAUCCGAUGUCACUUGCUCCAUGGGGGAGGACGGCCUGCUCCGCAUCGAGACCCACCAGAGCAGGAAGGAGGUGCUGGAGGAGCCCAAGGAGCCGGAGGAGAAGAGAGAGAAGGUGAAGGACGCGAUGGUGGCAUCAGUGGAGGAAGCCGCACCAGUCCGCUACAGGACCUCCCUGGACUUUCCCAUCACCAGGAGCGCAGGCCCAGAGGUCACUUUCAACAAGUCACUCUAGGCAACGGGACAUUGAUCUGAUGUUGUUGAUGCACAAUGAAUUGAUGUUUCUGUUGUAAUUUUUGCCUGGACAUUUGUAUUUUGUAAUAAAUAAUUAUUGAAGAAUAAAA